UUGUCGCGGAACCGUUGUCGUACCUACUGCAACCGUGGUAUCAUAUUAUAACUGUUGUGUUAUUGUUUUGCGCGCGUAACCGGUUUAUCCGUUCGAGUCCCGCACCAGAUAUCGAUAAGAGUCCGUCGUUCGUUUUUGUUUUAUUUUCAGAUAAUUAUCUGUCGCUCACUUGUAGACGCGUAUACGAUCGAUUAUCAUAAUAAUAAUAAUUGCCCKUYUGAAAACUACCACUUCCGUGAAUUCACAUCUGAUCGAUUUCGCAACGAAUUUCCUUAAGCUGCCUACGUCGUUGUACCAUCGCCCCCAAACUGAUUUUUGAUUUAGAAUACUGAUAAGUCAAAAUUAAUAGCGACAACAUGGGAAAAUUAUCUUUGGUCGUAGUUACGAUUUUGGUAGCUACUGUGGCCGCAUAUCCAAGCAAACCAUCUUUCAUCGGGUGUCAAAGCUCAGAAGACUGUGGCAUGGACGAAUGUUGCGUAUUAGGUAUGAUGCGAUACAGCGUGCCCACUUGUAGGCCACUGGGCGAAGAGGGCGAUACGUGCAGACCAAACUCUGGCGACGUCCAACCGCAAAACGUUACCGUCACUUAUCCUGACGGAUCGUCAGCCGAUCUGUUCGUGCACACGAUGUUGUGCCCCUGCGCCUCCGGACUUGAGUGCUCGGACGGUAUGUCGUGCACCGGGCUGGACGGGGCUGGCAAGCUGAUGUUGCGCGAGGACUACACAGACGUGGAUGACCUCAACCACCUGCGACGAUGAGCACUGACACAGGGCGAUAUCUUCGUCGCUUAUCUAUAUAAUUAUUUUUAUUAUUAUUAUUAUUAUUACUAUUAUUACUAUUAAUUAUUAUCAAUUAUUGAUAUAUUGUUUUCAUCACUGGCAUAACACUAAAAACCGAUUACUGUAAUAUCACUGUAAUAAUUUAUACGUGCCUAAUACCAUUUUUAUAAUAAUACUUUUGAUAUAAUAUUAAAAUACAUUACUACACGAGUCCACAAGUAUACGAUACUGUCUUUACUGCAUCGCAAUUGACACGUAUUAUAUAGGUAUACAUUCCGCUGCAGAUCGCCCGAUAAUUGGUUUGGAAAACUUCCUUCCUGAUUUUUACUUUCAUUAUUAACCGUCUUACUUAACUUAUCAUAUUAUUGAUCGUAAAUUCUUUUUACACAUUUUGAUAUCUACUUAAGCUUUUAAAAAUUGAUUUUUGAGUAUUUUUGAUUUUGUAAAAAUAUAACAGAAUUUUGUGUAAUGACUCAAAGCGAUCCUACCGGAGGUAAGGUAUGACGGACAUUGUGGUCAGUAGUUCUUUACCUAUACUAUUUCUUUGAGGGAGAGGUGUACAUACUUUUGGCUACAGCUAUUAUUUAGUUAAAAUCUUGUGGUUAAACAUAACGUAAACGCUUUAUUAUAAUAAUUGUUAUUUUAUUAAUACUAUGUUUCUCAAUUUUUAUUUCAUAAAAUAUCUCAUUACUCCAAAUAUUGGUAUAGAUUGAAAUUCAGUUUCUGCGAAUCUACCAACAAUAUUUCAAACGCAAACAUAUUUAAACGAAUUGGAAAAAAAUCUCCCGCAAUCUCGAUUUAACGUUAAUAUCCUUAACUGCAGCCGUAAUAUUGUCAUAGUGUUAGUGUUCCAUCGUGUGUAACUGGACGCGGCCGCGGUAAUCGUUAUGCAUAAAUUGUAAUUACAAUACGUGUGCGUACUUUAACAUGUACUUAGACGAUAAAACGUCGCAGUAAUUAUUUUAUUUAAUUACACGUGUCAUCACCAACACGUCAUCGUUUACAGAGUCAURUCGCGGGUGCGUCAAACAACAAAUUCAUAAUAUUAUUAUAAUAACCCAUCAUACAGKUAUACCAUAUUAUAAUAGGUACGAGUAUAAAAACAAUAAUCGUACCACUUUUCGACAAUGGUCAAAUACAAUAACGCAUGCAUGACAAUGCUAUAUUGAUUUUUUACGUAUAUCGCGAAUUAUGUGGUUCUACGGACUUCCGCAAUGUAGCCAAAUGAUUUCGGUCGUGUUCAUCUGUAAUUUGCAGUGUUAUGAACGUAUUUCGCUAUGUAUGCACACUUUAAGUCUAGGUCCAUCAGGAUAUUCAGUGCGCUAUAUUUUAUUGUUAUUAUCGUUACAGUGUAUAAAGCAUUAUUAUCGUGCAACGCGAUCGGUGCAACAAACAUUUCAGAAUUGCAUGCGAUUGCACUAUUGUCGGUCAUAAUAAAAUUCAUAGUAAUUGUUUUGUUUUUCAAUGUGUAUUAAUACUAUACAAUUGUAUACCUAUAUUAGUAAUAGAAGACGACGGGUGAUUACCUCCAUCGUUUAUUAUUUUUAUUAUUAUUAUUAUCAUUAUUAGUAUGUUUAUGUGUAUGUAUUAUGUUUGUUCGCACUUUAUGGUCUGUAAAACCGAUUCUUUUUUUUUAAUAGCAUAUAAAUAUAAUAUUAUUGUACCCAUUA